GGACCUCGCGGCUCCGCGCUGAACUUUGACUCCCUCCGUCCCGGCCUCUUCCCGGGGCUCCCCGCUGCCCCCCGGCCCCAUUCCCGCUGCACCGCAGGAUGCAGAUCUCACCCGUGCUGGCCGGAGGACUGCUGCUCGCUCUGCUCUCCGUCGGGCUGGAGGCGAAGCCGGCGUCCCAGCUCCCGCAGAAGGCGUCCCGUGGAGCAGCGGCAGCGGCGGCGGCAGCGGCGGGUCCGCCCGAGGCGGCGGGCGCGGAGCGGGACAAGGAGAAGGAGAAGGAGCGGAACCGCGGAGGAGGCGGCGGAGGCGGCGGCACGGGGCCGCGGGAGGCGCGGGAGGCACGGGCAGAAACGCGGCCCCGGGCGGGUUGGGCGCGGCUGCUGCAGGAGCCGUCGGGCCGCCGCAAUAAGGGGCUGCACAAGAAGGGGCUCGGGAAGGGCUGCUUCGGCCUCAAGCUGGACCGCAUCGGCGCCAUGAGCGGCCUCGGCUGCUGA